GAUAAACGCGGAAAACGCGACCCAUGUGCCGCUGAACUUGCCAAUUGGCUGUUGCAAACUCGAUCUUGUAUAAAUUGACUGUGCGAAUUUUGUUCCAGCACAGUUCGAUCGGUUUCAUUGCUUAGUGAACAACUCCCGAUACUAACCAUGGCCUUCAAGUUCGUUUCCUUCCUUGCCCUGGUGGCUGUUGCCCAAGCAGGAAUCAUCGCAAGCCCAGCCCUGUCCACUUAUGCUGCCGCUCCAGCUUUGUCCUAUGCCGCUCCAGCUUUGUCUUAUGCCGCCCCAGUGGCCAAGACCAUCUCCUAUGCUGCCCCCGCUCCUUUGGCAUACUCCGCCCCGAUUGCCAAGACUGUCUCCUACGCCGCUCCUUUGGCCACCAAGACGCUCGUCGCUGCCCCUCUGGCCAAGACCGUCGUCGCCGAUGAGUACGAUCCAAACCCACAGUACUCUUUCUCCUACGGAAUCUCCGAUGCUCUGACCGGUGACCAGAAGGAACAGCAGGAAUCCCGUCAAGGAGACAACGUCCAGGGAUCCUACUCGCUGGUGGAUGCUGAUGGAUUCAAGCGUACCGUUGAGUACACUGCCGAUCCAAUCCACGGAUUCAACGCCGUCGUCCACCGUGAGCCUCUGGCCGUCAAGGCUGUUGCCCCAGUUGCCUAUGCCGCUCCAGUUGCCAAGACCAUCUCCUAUGCUGCCCCAGCCGUGACCAAGACCAUCGUGUCCCAGCCAGCUUAUGCCAGCUAUGCCGCUCCUUUGGCCACCAAGACCAUCGUGUCCCAGCCAGCUUAUGCCAGCUAUGCUGCUCCUCUGGCCACCAAGACCAUCGUGUCCCAGCCAGCUUAUGCCAGCUAUGCUGCUCCUCUGGCCACCAAGACCAUCCUGUCGCAGCCCGCUUAUGCUAGCUACGCCGCCCCAGCCCUGUAUCACCACUAAGCAAAACCUGAAACUGUUAUCGACUGUUAAGACUGUGUUCAACUUAUCUUUAAGAAACGGAAACAAGCAAUGAACAAUAUUUGAAACGAA